GGAGUGUGUGAGCUGCGGUAUUGUCCCAACCGGAGGUUAUUUAGGCACCGACCUGCUUUGGGAUCAUGCCAGUAAGAAAAUCUUUCUCGUGAACUUCAGGAAAAUCGCGCUUGCGACUGAAAAGGACACCUGGGAUGAGAUGUUGUGGGUGAGUUGGGGAUUUGGUCGAGAGGUCAAAAGAGCCGCCAUCGCCGCCACCACCGAACAUGAUACAAGAUCGUAG